AUGGAAUAAAAGAAAGUGUUGGUUUUCUUUCCUAUGGCUAUUCCAGCUUCCGGGAAAACAGUUUUAUUUGAGAGCAUUGAAUAAUAUUAUCACGAAAAGCAUGAAGGGAAAACUAAAUUGUUUAUUGUAUCAAGCGAUUAAGUCUCAUUACAAUUGAUGAAUGAACAUAUUGCUGCUAAUCCAAAUGUUUCCAAAGAGGAUGCUUAUUAAGAAACAAGAAAAAAAUAUAGAACGAGAUAUGAUAAUGAAAUUAGGGCUGUGUGUUAAAAAGCAUAAGCUUGUGAAUAACAAUUCAUCGUAAUAAUUUUUGAUAAAAAUCAUCCUGAAAAUGCUUUGAAAGGCCCUUUAGACAUAGUUAAAGACUAUUUUAAAUAGUUUACUUCAAUUGGAUUGAUUCCCAAAAUCGGUAAGCCUCUUGGAAAUAAUCUGUUUUCAAUUACUUAUCUCGUAUCAUGUGUUCAAAGGGCAAUUAAAAGAGAAAAUCAUGAAACUCUGGUUGGUAAUAAAGAAAAAGUAGCAUCCGUAGUAUUAUUCUUUUUCUCAUUCUUUAACAAAGUCUAAAUUGAUAAGUUACCAUUUAAUAAAGUGUUUUACGUUCCUUUUACAAAUGAAGAUGUAUAGAUGGAUUAGGUCCUCAGAGACGAAGCUCUUGAGCUUUUAAAAAUUAUUUAAAGAGAAAGAAAUCCUGAAGACAUUUAAAAUAAUAGUAAAGAAGCUCUAUAGAAGUUUAUUGGAAUUUGUGAAAAGUAUAACUUAGGGUUUCCCGAUAAAAAUUUGUAGAGAGAAAUUGUUUGGAAAGAGAUCGAAACAGUGGAUUAAUGA